AUGCCGCUACAAGAGAACUUUGGCAAGAUUAACGACAAUGUGGCAAAAUUAGAAAAUGAUGUGGCCACUCUAAGCCAGGAGCUAGCGUACUUCCGCCAUGUCAUGGACUUCCAGAACCUGAAAAUUGAAAAGUUGACCCUGCUAUUAUCUGAUGUACUACAAAAUAAGGAUUCUUCGUCCAUAGUUAAUCUGUUGCAAUCGCUACAAGAGGGUGAUCCUUUUAAUGUCAAUGACAACCAUGACCAGGUUGAUGACCUGGUACCUGAAUCUGUCCAUGAUUCAGUCCACGACUCAGUUCACGACGCAGUUCACGAUUCAGUUCACGAUUCCGUUCACGAUGUAACAGCCGCUAUCCCUUCAUUACAACUGUCUAAUGUGGUCCAAGUACCAGGCGUUGUCGAUGUGCUGGGUGUGUCACUUAACAAUAACAUGGACCCUCAGCUCCACCAGGUGGCCCAGGCGGCUGUGCUGGCACAAGGUAAGGGCGGUAAAAGAAAACGUGCAGCCUACGCUAAGGUAAAUGGCAGCUCAGAUAACAUCAAAGCUCUGCAACAACAAAACCAUCAACUGCAGUCUCAACAACAACAGAGACAGAUGCAACAAGCAUCUAUCCAACAACAACAAGAACAAAACCAACAGCAUUCACAGCAACGAGCCCUGAGCUCUAUGCAGCAAAGGCAGCAACAACAGCAACAACAGCAGCAAGCACAACAAUCACAACAACAGCAACAAGCUGACACCUCGAAGGACAGUUUGGUGCUGAUGCCAGGGCUCGAAGUCGUGAGCGUGGAUGAAAUGGGAGGUCGGAAGAAGCCAAAGAUUUCUGUCGACUUCCUCCAUAAUCCAAUGACUGUGAAAGAUAUUUAUGAUGAAUUUACUAGAGGGUUCCGUGGACAACCACCACUACGAGAGAUGGACGAGAGAUUCGGUAAACACGAAUGGAGAGGUGACUCUCGAUCCAAGGAACUGAAAAGAUUUCAAAGAAGGAAAAAGCUUUGCGAUGCCAUUGAACGAGGCAUGGCCAAGUACGGUAAGACAGCCUUGGAUAUCAUUCAGUAUAUUGAAGAUUUCCGUGGAGAAAAAUCCCUCACAUGGGUCAUGAAUGGUAAUUUGCCACGAGAUUUACUUGAAUGA